ACGGUUCUAAAUACGUAAAAGAAAUAUUUCAAUAAUCACUUUUUUAUAAUGUACUAAAAGUUGCCAAAAAAUUGGUCAUAACUUGAUAUAUUUAAUGCUGUAUCAUCACAUUUCAUAGAUAUGCUCGACUCAAACUAAAAUUUUUGUUCUCUAGUUUAAAAAAAUAGAUUUAUUUUUGUUUUAAGAAAAAGAAUGAGCUGAGAGAGAACUGAGAUUAAAUUAAGUUACUCUACAGGAUAGAAAUAGACAUGAGAAAAAUACAAGCCAAAUUCGUCAUUCGAAGAACGCGUCCCAUUUGAUCACGUUGCGUAAUCGUAGCCACUCACAACGGGCGGUGUUUAUAGUUUUUCAUUGGAUCAAGAGAUUGAAUAUGAAGUGGUCAGUUAAGACGCGAUCUACCUUUGCGACAUAGGUCAACAGAAGCGAGGGAAAUUUUGUACAUUCGUAGUAUACAAGCGUGCAAGCCCAUACACAUAUGAUAUUAUAAAAAUAAUAACUGAUUCUUCUAGAAUCAAUAGAUAAAGUUAAUGAUUUAAUAUUAGCUCAUUCUCCGUCCGCAAUCUGGAUCUUUUUUGGCACAAGUAAAAUUUUAUUCUUAAUUUGAUCCACUCAAAUUUCAAUUUUUAUUACAUUUUUACAUUUGAAUUAAAAACCUAUAUAUAAUAAUUAUGUAAUAAAGAUAUUGAAAAAUAACUUUAAAUUUCUUCAGAUUUUUUGAAAGUCUAGAAUACUCAACAAGAAAACUUUGGAUGGACAAAAGAGGUGUGGACUGCAAAUGGAGGAUUAACAUACAUAAAUACUGCAAAUACAAAGAUACAAGAACAUUCGAGCAAUGUUGCAUCUCUUGCAAUGUCUGGAGUAGUACUGUCGAAACGUUGCAGUGUGUUGCAAUAUUGCUGAAAUGUUGUUAUUUUGUGUUGCAUAGGUAAUAAUUAGAAAAAAAAAAAUGUAAAUAUAUAAAUAUAUAUUUAUACUUAUAUUUAUAUACGGUCCCUAAAACCUUGUGACCAAGAUACUAGAGUCGCUCUAAGGUAUUCGCUAUACGUAUAUAUACAUACAUAUAUAUAUCGAACUAUAACACGACGAUCACGUGAGUGCGGUGACGCAUUGAAGAACAAAGAAGCCUUUGAAGUGUGCCGCCGGUCUUCCUUUCGCAAGUUUCGCAUUCCAUUCCAUUCCAUUUCUCUUCCUACGCCCGUGGCGUGCGAGUCGCUCAACACAGCGCGACAUCCCAUUUUUUUUUUUUACGUUCGUCACGUGAGGGAUCGAAGAGAAAAUUACAAUACGAGCAAACGAACGAACGAAAGAAUAAAAAAACGAACGGACGCCGAUUAAAUCGGAAUCGUGCGCUCCGGAACUCCGGAUGACGACGAGGUAAGAGACGAUUCGAAAAUCGAAGAAGCAAUUGGAGUGGGAACAGGUGAACGCGAGAGCAACCGAAGACAACCGGAACGGUUAAGCAAGCGAAACUAACCUAUACAUAACCUCCUCGUACAGUGUGUGUGGUAAACACAGAAAGAUUAUAGAGGUCCAGGUUAGAGAAGUCUUGUGUCGGUAUGAUGUAGAACGGGUAGAACGCAGUUAUGGAUGACUCAUCGGCGGCGAACGGCAAAACCUUCAGCGAGUUUUGAAUUAAUUCUUCUCGAUUGGCAGUGUAUGGAUAUUUCCGACGAGGAAUUAUUCGAUGCAUCACCAAGCAGUAGUAAUACUUUGCCCAUAGACGCAAGUUUAAAUUUGAUGGCACAAACGAAUGAUGCAGGAUUGACACAGGAGCAAGAGAGAGAUGUCAAUGAUAUCACAACUAAAGAUAUUUUAGUAAAGCUUACACGUUUGCCAAAUACAACGAAGAAAAAGGAACGAGAAAAUUUGCAUUCACUCAAAAACAAAAGGAGACGUUUUACAUGGAAAUAUGGAGUAUUAAAGAGUGAUUUGAUUAAACGACGAAAAAAGGACGCUUUUAAAAAGAAGCAAGCAUUGAAAAAGAUGGAAUCUGCUAAAGUAAACGAGGUAACAGCGGGACCGUCAGAAAAUAAAGCGGAUGAGCAAAGUACUUCCUGGUACAAUCAAUCGUAUAACAAAAUUGGAAAAUAUUACGGAGAUAAUAAGCAGGACGAGCAGAGCUCUGAACAGAGUGUGAUUAACAAUUUUUUAUCGACUUGCCAAGCACUGGAAGAGGACUCUGAUGACAUUUCCGAUGACAUUGUAACUUGUGCAUGUGCACGUACUUUGCCGUACAAAUUUUAUCAGAAAGGCAACUCAUCUGUCUUACUUAACAAUGUAAACACAAAAGACUGUCCUUCAUCUGUCUUAUCGUUAAGCGACAAGAGCACAGACUUGAACUUGCACACCGGCAGCAAAUUCUCUCUGUCUGACUGUUUGUCUCCAAAUACUCCAAAAUCACAGUUGUUUCACAGAAAACUGCAAUUUAUGGCCAAAAAGGUAAGAGAGAUCAACGAGUGGAAAUUUAAGAGAAAACAUUGUUGGUCUGAUAAUGAAACUGAAGAGCAAGAGACCUUGAUUUCAGUUAAAGAAUCUGUACCAAAAAAAAGAUGUCGAUUAAUAAUAUUGAGUGAUUCUGAUAGUGAAGAUGCGUCUACAAGUAGAAAAGCAAUUGAAAGUAAUAAUCAGAAUGAAUCUUAUUUGCCUCUUGAGAAUAUUAACGAAGAGAAAACGGAUGUACAGAUUAGUCACACGGCGCAAAUUGUUUUAACAAGAUUGGAAGAAAUGGACAACGAAGAUGUUAUUAAGUGGCGAGAAAGCAAAAAGCUUUCGGAGAACAUUAUGUCUAAAUCAAUAGAAGAAGAAGAAAAAGAAAAAGAAUUGGACCGACCGAAAUUAUUACAAAAUUUAAUAAUCUCUUUAGAAUCUCAAGAGAAAUCAAUUUUGCCAAACUACAGGAUUUUGGAAACGAAAGAUCGCCCUGAGGAUUCCUCAUUAACUACUCCCAAUAAUUCCGUUCAAAGACGUUCUUCAACAAAAUCAAAGCAUAAACUAAGAAAAAAAUACAAGCUGUUUAGGAAGCCUAGAGUCCUAAUGAUAAAACUGGAUAAUUUACCGUAUUUUCCUGAAGAUGGCAAAUAUUCAGCGAGUGAGAUCGAACAUUUAACGAAGAGAUAUGUGAACUGUAUGAUGACUUCGAAUUUUCAACUUAAAUCUCGUGGAUUAAAGAUGUACACACACGUGCGUUUACGAAGGAGAAGUACGACGGAUGCGGAUACAGAAGAUCGUAGUCCAAGUCCUACUCUGUCCAGGAAACAAAGUAUGAAUGAGAAAUCAUUGUCUAUGGAAAAAAGUCCAGUAAUAGUUACAGAUUCAAAUCAUAGAAUAUUUCAAAUGGAAAACAGAGAUGAGAAUACUCCAUUCAAGAUUCGAAGGAUUGCAUCCAAGAGUCAGUGUAUAACUUCCUCACCAAGGUCAUCCGAAAAUAAGAUUACGGCUUUAUCACCAAACCAUUUAAAAAAAUGGCGAAACGCGUUUGCCGCAUAUCAAGUGAAACCACCGAUACAAAAAACUGUCGCUUCUAUGCAAUCAUCGUCACCAUCGGAAACACUCCCUGUUCUUAAGAAAUCGGCGAAUGCGGAAUGCGAAAGUGUUUUGAUUUUACCUUCCACAUCUAUGUCUUCCACGAAACGUAAUGCACCAGUUGAAUCGCCUGGAAAACUUUCAUCACCGAAGAAACAAACGACUUUAGCGUCAACAAAGUCGACAGAACAUAAUGAUACGUCCAGACCCAAGUCGUCCGUCACUAAGAAUCUUUCAAAUGAUGCGAAUGUUGGAAUCAUCACUAAGAAUGACUUUACUCGAUCUAAGGAUAGCGGAAUUGUAUCUAAAAUCCCGCAUAAAAAUACAAAAGAGAUAGACGUUAAUACAUCAGACGCUUCCUUAAACUCGAGCAAGAGGAGAUCAGAUACAUCAUCGAAAUUACAUAACAAAGCAACCAAUCUUAAAAUGUCAAUUAAUAAUACAUCUAUAAAAUCGAAGAUUUUGAUAGGGCAUGGCGAUGAACCAUACAAAAAAAGGCAGACUGCAGUGGACAACAUAAUUGUAAGUAAAAAGGGUAGCAAAGAUUCGGAGAGCUCGUCGAAUAAAUCUGAUGAUGAUUCUGAUUUUGAAACUCCUCCUUCUUCUUUCUCGACUUCCUCGACUUCCUCAUCGACAGUCAUGCGCAAACGUCGUAAACAAAAACAAAAAAAAUUAAACGAAGUCGAAGCUAAAUCAAAAUCUUUGAAGUCGAAAUCUGCUUUGAAUCAGGAUCCGAAAUCAAAAUGCCAACCAUCAUGCACAACUUGUCCACGGACCUUCACUACAUAUAAUGAAAUGCUUCAGCACAUGCUUAAGCAUAUGGCCAAUGAUCUUCGGAGUACGUAUACGUAUAUUGAAGAUAAUAUUGAUUCUACUCCUCCAGAGUCUACCGAGAACAACGAUCGAUUUUCUAAUGAUACCACGGAAAGUUUGGUAGAAAUAGUUACAAAAGAGGCUGAGAUAACAGAAGCCGGAAACGGUAUUAGUGAACAAGAAAAAAGACUGUUGGAAAAUGCAAACAAAUCAAAUGCGGAGAACCUUGUUGCUUCGAAAGUAUUACAACGAAAUAUUAAAGAAAUCAAUGAAGCCAAGGAAUCCAAGGAAGCUAAGGAAUCCAAAGAAACUAAGGAAGCUAAGGAAACAAGCAAACCUUUGAACUCAUCAGCGACAGAGCAUAUUGCAGAGCGAGUUGCGGAAAAAGUGCCGAUGCUUAUAGCAAACAAUGCCGAGCAGACGACAAUAACGCAGAACUCGGAGAAAGAGAAAAACUGUAUCGUCGAAGCGUCCUCGAAAUUUCAAUCGACGGAAUCUUUUAGUAUCUGCAAGUGUCACGAUUUCGAGAUAAACAAGAAACAUGAUACAAAUGUGGGCGCGAACGUUCAGAUCGAGAUCGUUUUGUUAUGCAUCACUUGUUGGACAGUGUUUCGACGCAUCGAAUGCUUCAAGGCGCAUUACGCACAGCAUUCCGGGAAAAACACGCUUUGUAACAAAAACAGACGGAUCAAUAGGAAAGCCAAAUUGCUCUGUAUUGCCUGCAAGAAGAUACUGCACUCUCUCGAGGAUAUGGUACUUCAUCUGACGAUGCAUAGUAAUCGUGAUUGCAAGGGCACGGUAAAUUUCAUCUGCAAUGUGUGUAAGGUGGUCUUUUAUGGUUACGGGUCUCUCUUCAUCAAUCAUUUCCAGAAUCACACGAAGAAUCCACUUUUCCUGGCUAGUCGUAAUUCAUUCCCGAGGCUUUCCUUCGUCGGCGAAAAAAUCCUUGAACAACCGUUGUACAUGGGCAACGACAAGUCGAGAGAGAUUUACUGGAAGAUGGCCGACCAUGUGUGCCAAGAAUGCAAUUUGCCCUUUGUCACCCAAGCCGAUUUGAAAUCGCACAAGGCGGUCUGCCAGAAUACCGUCGAUUCUCGCGGUGGAUUCUCAAAUGUCAAAAUAUUGCUGGUAUGCGGUUUCUGCGAGAAGAUGUUUUGCAGCAGGAUGUCUUUUGAAAUGCAUUCAUUAGACCAUACGCAGAAACGUGACGUGCAUCUGCACUACACUUGCGCGGCUGUCACCGCUUUAAAAAAAGUAUACAUCUGCAAGGUGUGCACAUCCAUGUGGCAAUCCUUACAGAACUUUGAAGAGCACUGGCAGACCCAUGGCGAGUUGCAUGCGGAAUUUGUGUGUUCCCAUUGCCAAUCUCAUCACAACAAUUUUGAUCUAUUCCAGAGACAUGCACAGACACACAAGAAUAACAACGAGUUACAACAGACACCGAUCACAUGCGAGGUGAUUUAUCGUGACAUCAGUGAUCACAAUUUUAACGAGAAUUUACAAAAGAACACCACCACGAAUGAUCUACCUUGUAUGCAUUUGAGUUCUUUUGGUGAGAACGAUUUAGUUGAGAAGAUUGUGCCACAAACUAUACAGAGCUGUGAUAAACCAGACGAUCAACAAGAAUCACUUCUGGAAAGACUCUUGAAUCAAUCCAAGACUGCGAUGCCGAGAGGAUCAGUACGCUCCAAUAAUGAAGAACAAACAACCAAGGAGGUCUCGCAAGUUUCAGUACAAGUUCCUUCGUCUAAUGUCGCAGUCGCGCAGUCAAAGCAAAAUAGUAAUUCGAGAAAUUGUGAAGACUCGGAUGAGGAUGAUCUAACGAUAAUGUUGUCAGAAAAUGAAGAGAGUUCAGUAUCAACUGGGGUCAGGAGAAAUGCCGAUACACCCUCCACUAAACAGAAUAUACAAGAAGAUGCGAAAUCAAAGAUGUCCAAUUCCGUUGUUACCGAUGAACAAACGCGACGUUCCAACAAUGCGACUCCAGCCUCUUCACCCACGAAAACUUUGCAGACAUCGAGCGACAUGAAUGAGAGUGCGAGUUCAAAUGCUCAAAUUAACGUAAUAACUUCGAGGGAAUCAAGAAAUACGCAACUGGAUGGAAGUCCAAGCAUUUCGAACGCUAACAAGACGCUUGAGAAUCAUGUAAAUCACUCAGUGUCACCACAAGCGAGACAAGAGCUUAAGUUACCAGAGAACGCCAUGAGUUCCAUACCUAAAUCUUUCCUGCGUGUGAAGUCCUUGGCAGAGCUGACAAGCAUUCCCUUAGAGAAGCAGGUCUGUUGGGUGUGCGGCUUGUCAUUCGAGUCCGAGCAAAAUUUGAAAGGACAUAUGUCGAUACAUGAGGUUCAAUUGCCUCAUCAAGACAAGAAAAGUGAGCAUCAAGUAUCUUCGAUCAACAAUGCACAAAUUCGGCCAACAAAACCGACAUUCAAUUCUUUCCAGCCCUCAACAGCGACUCAGGAUCGUCUCGUUUCUUCCGUGGCGAUCAAUAACAUACCUUCAUCCAUCAACGUGGAUCAUCCUCCGAAUACACUCGGUCGAGUGAUUAACGCCCCCAACUCUCGACAAUGCCAAGUGAUCGGUGUGAAGCCAUUACCUCUUACCAAAACUAACACAAUUGCCGAUGUAUCCAAAUCAAAAGAGACGUUGUCUCAAGAAGUGACUCCAUCAUCGGAUAAUGUUAAUGCUACAUUACAGAAUCUUCCGAGGACAGCCUAUCAUCAUAACUUGCCGCCUCACAUCAGCUAUACAUUAAACAAAUCAGUCCAAGUGCAGCAAAGUACUGGCACUGUAGCCGUUAAACCAUUUUUACAAACUACUUAUCAAAAACCUAGACCGCCUCCUCCAUAUUUCCAGUCACUGCAACAACAGCAGCCGUCACAAAUGCAGCAACAGUCGUUGCAACUGCAACAACAAUCACAACUACAGUCUCAGCACCAGCAACAACAGACGCAGCAGCUCCAACAACAGCUGCAACAGCAACAAUUGCGCCAACAAUUACAGCAGCAACAGCAACAACGAUUGCAGCAGCAGCAGCAAACACAGCAGUUGCAGCAACGGCUACAAUUGCAGAUGCAACAACAAUUGCAACAGCAGCAACAGAUGAAUAAUCUCAGUGGUAACGUUGUGCAUUAUGUAAUAACAGAAGGAGACAUGUCUUAUCAGUUGCGACCGGCAAACGUACAAGUAAAUUCAGAUAAUGUUAUGUACGUGACUGUGAACACAAUGCAGCAGAUCUCGAAGAAUCCAGAACGCUACAUUUGCUUAUAUUGUCCGGGUUUCGAGUGCGGUUCGGUACAGGAGUUUGCAUUGCACGAGCAUUCGCCAAAACACGAGGCGCGCAGUAAUUACAAUAGCGGUUCUUAUGUAUCUUGAACGUAAACCAUUGAUCACAUUUUUUUAAUUUUGGCACAAGGCAAAUGGCGAAGUUCAAAAACACAGUCAUUCUAGCGAAUAAUGUUUGAUAUUAUCUUAUUUUAAUUAAUAUUUGUUUAAUUAAAAUUCGUUUGGAUUGCAUGAUUCUGAUUGAAUGCAGAUAUCGGAUGUAGUAUUCUUUAUUACAGCCCUUGUUCUACUAAUAAUGUACAUAUACGUUUUUGACUAAAUAAAGAAAGACAUAUUUCUGUUUAUGAAUUAGAACAGAAACUUAAGAAUUACUGUGAUAUUUUGGACAAUUUUUUGCUUAAAUAAUUUUCUUUACUAAGAAAAACAUAUAUGAUUAUAUCAUUAUUUUUUGUAUUAGUUACCACAUUUAAACAUAAAAUGCAUGUUAUAUUAUUAUUAUAUUAUUAAAAUAUGCGAAAUUGUGACAUUUCGUCAUUUAAUAUAAGCUGGAUCCCCUUUUUUGCUGAACUGUUCCUCAAACUUAAUCGGGAUCGAUAAUGUAGUCAUUCAUGCACAUCGUUAAUAAGAUUUUGUAUAUAUUUCUUUUACAGAUUUGGAAAUUCUUUUUCAUAAUUAAAGUACACUUAUUAAUAUUAAUUUGUGAAUUGGAUUUUAUAUCGAGAACGAAAAAACAAAAAGAUUUUUCACUAGAAUAAUAAUCGCGUUUAAUCGGUAAAACAGAUCCAUCUCCAGCAUCUCCUUAAAAGACGUCAAAAUUCUCUGAUAAGUUAUGCGAAAACAUUACGUAAGGUGAAGAUAUUUAAGGUGUGAAUGUGUCAGAUGUAACCAUGAAAGAAGAAAAAAAACCUUGAUUGUGUGUCAUAAAAAGUUUUGCGUUAAUUUUUUUAUGCCAGUAUUAAUAUAUGACUAUUCAGAAAAAACACUUCUUAUAAAUUAAUAUCAAGUAUUAAAUACUCUUUUCCAUAAGAUAUAAACAAAAAAUUUAAAUAUAAAAACAAUAGUGUUCUCAAUCUUAAUAUAAAAAUUGACUAUGACGUGCAUUACACAUGUAUGUCUCCAAUAAUUCUAUAAAUGAAUAUAAUCUAUAUAAAUAAAAAUAUUAAAAAAGUUAAAUCUGAACCAAUUUGGUUUAAUCCGGAACUCUUUGUAGGACAGUUUUAAUGCGGAACAAAAUUCAAAUUCAGGAUAUCUGGUCAUCUUACAUAUAUGUUAACAUCCAUUUUGUGUUAUUGAUGGAUUGACUGUUAAUUCUAUAUAUUUCAUUUAAUAAUUCUGUAUAUCUUUUUGAUUGAAACUUCUUUUUCAUUUCGUGUUUAAUUCUUUCUAAUAUCAAGACAUGAAUGUUUUAUAGGAAAAAAUAUUAAUUUAGUAAGAGGAAAA